AUGGAGAGCGCAGUGCACGCGGCGGUGCCGCUGCGGGUCGGGAAAAAGAUGCGAAAGAGACGGGAGUUGGACGCUUUGGUUGGCGGCGCUGGUUCAAGAAGUGGGAGGCUUCUAUCCGCGUCAAGCGACGAGGGUGAGCCCUGGGGGCGACGUACUUCGCGCCGUCGCCGCUCCCGCCCGUUCAUGCGACUCGCUGCCGCCUUAGGACUGUGUGUGUGCGUAGUGUCUGCAGCUACGGUGCUCUGGCUUUUCGUAGAUGUAAGGCGACAGAUCGUCUCUCUUCGCAUGGAGAUGGAUAGAGUUUCAACGAGUAGCGACAGUGUAGGCGAUGCCCUCCAAGUUUGUCACACUGCGGCCAAAGAGCUCCGAGCCAACGCCACCGAUUUGAACGCGAGGCUAAUAAGGUUGGAACGCGAACACAUGGAAUUGGUAAAGAGAAUGGAACAGACGGCUGGCGAGUUAGCGGCGGUCUCCGACCAACUGUCAGCCGCGCCAAAGCUAGCGGACACUCCUCGGCGUAUAGCUGAGCUGCAACGCACUGUUGCCGACUUUGGUUCCCAGAUAAAUAGUUUUGACGGCGCAUUGGCCUCUGCCCGCAAGCAAGCGGUCACGGCCACGUCAGGAGUGGAGGAAGUCAAGACUUUGCUCCAUCAACUGGAACAGAGGACCAACGAGACCGUAGCGAAUGUAACUAGCAACGCAAAGAUGGAGGACAAACUAAAGGAGCAGAUCGCUGCGCUAAAUGUCACGCUUGUCGACAAAGUAAACGCGUUACUAACAAGGAUAGAGGAAAUGAAUAAACCUGUAAGUACGCCUGCCCCAGUAAGCGUGACACCGUCCUCUAGUACCACAUCGAGCACCACAUCCACGAGCACCACUACACAGACCCCAGGUCCUCCAGUAAAGCCGUCAAUUUUGCGUCAUUGA